AGGCGAAUGCCGCGCCCGGACUCCUCUUCCGCUCACUCACAGCUGAGGCUGCACCGACGGUGGUGCCCUACAGACGACACGACACGGCCUCCUUCCUUGCGGUCGCACGAGCGUUUCCACGGCAUUCUUCGUGACAUUCUUGAUGACAGUUAAAUUGGUUAGCACCCUCGCUCCAUCAGCGUCAACGCCGAGCUUCGAGCUUCGAGCUUCGUCAUGCCCGGACAUAUCUCUCGUGCUGCUAUGCUGACCUGCCGAGUUUUCGUCCGGCGCCGGGCUCGUUCGAGAGGCUUUUCGGUCACCAGACAAAUGCUCGGCUUUCGUGUCCGUUUCUCGCAUGGAUGCUUGUUGCCUCGAGCUUGCUGACUUACUGACUGACUGACGGACUGACAGACAGAUUGACCGACCGCAAAUGUACAUGCAGUCUCACGUCUUUAAAAUGCGGUCGGAAGAGCCCUCUCUUCAAGUUCUCAACCGGCGCUCGGGUUCGUAUCAAUCGUAACCCCUCUGCGGGCCUGAUACAAGAGAUUCUGUUGAACUGAUCGACUUUUUCUUAGCUCGACCUCUGCGGGCCGUUAGAAUAUGAUGGUUUCACACGACAUUGCUGUGAUGCCCCCUGUUCUUGGAAGUGCAUCGGAGCCGGUUUCGAAGGAAGCUUCCGAAAAGUUCUAGCUUUUUUUUAUUUUGUUGAGGUCUCUUGUGGAAGCGAAUGGUAGUUUGAGAGAUAGGAUGCGGAAUUUAUCUGGUGGGUUUUUUAGGAUGGAAAGCUACAGACGUCGACAUUUCGAUCUUCACGGGUGGAAAUAGAAAAUUUUCGAUGAGAAUCAGGUUUGGCGAGAUCAUGACGAUCUGCUCCUUUCGUUUUUUUUAUCGAGGGCUUGGCGAGGUAGUAGACCGGCUGGCUAUGCUUGCAGUUGGUGUUAAGAUUUGCCCGAGUGCAGCAGCGUGAGGACUUGACUACGGAGUGCUCUACAUGGCUGUCCGCCGCGUCGCAAUUACGGGACAUAGGAUCAACUGGCUUUAGCGCUCGAUAGCCAAAGUUUGUCGAAGAAUGCAGAGCGUCUCAAUUUUUGAGAACACUCGGAGUAAUCGAUAAAUGUGGGCAGCAUUGGAGGGGCCAAAAACAGCAGAUCAGUUUCAGUGAAAAGGAAGCAUGUCAUCUUCCGGGCGCCGAGGGUUGCAAGCAGCAGAAGUUGCCGAGAUUUUGAUGGCAGGCUCUCCACAAAGGGGACACAGUUCAAUGUCCACAUACAGACCAACUUCUGGUCAGAGUUCAACCAUUGCUCGCCCUCUCACUGGGAGGAGCGAACGAAAUGUGCGCCCCCAUACCCCUGGAGGAAGCAUUGGACUAGACACACCGUUGACAGUCGAAAGCCGUCCUGUGACGCACCACGGCAUGAUCAGCAUGCGCUCACCGUCUCAAGGUCCAGGACGGAAAAUCCUCGAUAAAUCGUACUUCCUUGGAAAGUUGCGAAGCAAGAAGCAAGAGCUUCAGGCAGAAAUCGACAGCAUGACGAUUGAGAUUGAUCGCCUGCAAAAGAUGGGACCAGCAAGUGUUCAUCUUGAGCAUCACCAAGAAUCCUUGGUGGAAGAGGUGAAAAUUUUGCGAGGGCAACUCGGAGACUACAACACGGUGAUGGAAAAGGUGGCAGCAGGUGUUGAUCUCGAGCAACUGAAGGACAACAUUAAAACCAUGAAAGAAACGAUUGACAAUGAAAGGAAAAAAAUUGACCAGAUCUUCUCUGAGCGAUCCCAAAAGGAAAGAGAAGCUGCAGCCUUUGAGAAGGAUGCAUGUCUACUUGAAGCCGAGUUAGAGCGUCGACUAGAUCACGAAUUGGCAAGGGCAUCCCCUACCAAGCACAAGGCUGUGAACUUGGUAGAGCAGAGUCUAAUUGCCGAAAAUGAGCUGCGGCGUUUGAAGACAGAGAUUACCCCUGUUUCACAACUGUCACAUUCAGAAGCUCGUGAGGCCAUGAUAUUUCAGAUAAGACAAGAUAAUGCAGAGAUUUCAAAAGCGGAGGAAAAGAGAAAAUUGUUGGAAGCUGAGAUCAAGACCCUUGAGGAUAAACUCGUGGCAGCAGAAACGGUCCUGUCUGAGCUUAAAGGUGGGAGGGCAGAUAAGUUCAUGGAAAUGCAAGAGAAAGAUAGGAAGAUGCAAUCGUUCAUUGAUGACUACGAAAAUAUGCGUCGCGAGCGGACUGAAAAAAUACGUACGGUGAAAGAGAAAAUUGAUCUCCUUCUCGAGCAUGUGGAUAUCGAUUGUUCUGACAGUGGUGACAGGAUCAAUAACGAGGGCACUCAAGAUAUUGAAGGGCUCACACAAGAUUUGGACGAACGGAAGAGGGAACUAAAGCAGCUCGAAGAAAUGGAUCUGAAGACGAGAAAUGAGAUUUCGUCAUGCAGACAAAAAAUUGCGUGCUCACAAGCCGAGAUCGAGAAAUUCUCACGUUUGGAUGAAUUGCGGGCUGCUUCAGAGUCCAAGUGCUCGCGAUUGGAAGAUGAGAAAAGAGUGACAGAGGGGAAAACCCUGUCAGCUAAAGUUCAGUCGAAGGAGCAGACGAUGAAGCUGGAGUUACUGCAACAACAUGUCAAUGAAAGCCCGGUGCACAAAAAUCUGGAAAUUCUUCAUCAAACGCUUCUGACAAUUCAGCAGAGUAUUUGUAAAGCGCAAGAAGAUUUGGACGCACGGGAGAAGGACCUUAACUAUACGCCCGUGCUGGAGAACAUCCGCUUCAUGGUCGCUCAACUGAAUGGAGAGAUCAAAAGUGCGGUCCUCCAUUGAGGUCCAAAAGGGUGCUAGGCACACAGACUACUCCAUGUCAGACCAGUUGAGCGAAGGGUUCCGUGCAGUCGUGUCCGCUUUCCACAGCGUCGCAAAGUGCCUACGAAGGCUAGAUCUAGAACAAAGCACGAGCCUCUAUCCAGGCUCGAGCUCAGCAAGCGACUCACAUGCAGCCUGCGGAUCUUCUGCACAAGAAGUCCGGGAGAGACACAACAGAAUCUCGGGCUGCUUUACUGACGUGACAUAAAUCCUUAUUAAACGCUAUACGAUUGCACCGGAGAAACCCUACGUGAGCAAUCGCACAUGUGUGUGCCGCUCUUCGAAGCAGCGAGCAGCGGCGUUGCCAAGGUCGGUCUCAGGCCAGAUCCUAUUGGCCUUCGAUUACAAUGAGCAAAGUGUGUGAUUGACCUGUUCUUUUCCUCUCUUCAUCAUGUGGACCAUCGGGCCCCCGGGUCCCCUUUAAACUGCGUGGUCGUUUAUCAUAUACAAUGAGUCGUCUUUUA